AGGUUUGGCAAACAUGUUAUAUACGGAUGCUCGCAGUUGCGGCGGCGUCCUGCUUGCAGUAAACUCCCUUCCUUUAUCACCGCCAACCGCCCACAGCCACCCCAUCUUUCUCCCUGGAUACGGGACACAUGGCAGUCUCAAGUGAGUCCGCCCCCCACCCGGGCCAACCUGAGAACCCGAAUCCCAGGGAUCCCACCCCCGAACCCGACGACCUUGAUGAUUUCGAAGCAGAAAUCGAAGAAGAAGACAACGAUGAAUCAGACGAAGGCGACGAAGAAACCCAACCCAUAACUCCGGAGGCCCAAAUGCGUACGGAUCGGGUCAGUAUGGAGUCCCUUUUCAAGCGCCUGUCCACGGAGCGAGUCCCAGUAAGAGUGCACGAUGUUUUGAUAAAGGGCAACACGAAAACCAAAGAUUCAAUCAUCGAGGCUGAGAUCGAGGAACUGCUGAAGAACGCAACCACGGUACAACAGCUGCUCCAGGCUGCGGGUGUUGCCAACGCGCGGCUGCAGCGCCUAGAUAUUUUUGAUUCUGUGAACAUUACUCUUGACGCUGGCCCGCCCGAGCUCCCUGGCACUGCCAAUGUUGUGGUGGAGGUUUCAGAGGCCAAAAACCCGCUCACCGGUGAUGUAGGGAUUUUUUCCAAACCCGAGGCUAGGUCAUGGUCUCUUGAAGGAUCUCUUAAGCUGAAAAAUUUGUUUGGUUAUGGAGAUUUAUGGGAUGGUUCCGUGGCUUAUGGCUGGGGUCAAGCAUCAGAGGUUAGUGCCGGAGUCUCUGUUCCCAAAUUCAAAGCAUUGGCCACACCUUUAACAGCUCGAAUAUCUCUUCUUUCCCAAGAUUGGUUGAAGUUUUCUUCUUAUAAAGAGCAAGCACUGGGCAUGUCACUUGGCCUAUUAUCCAUUGGGAAUCAUGAUGUGUCAUAUAAUCUCUCAUGGCGUACCUUAAUCGAUCCAUCUCAAAUGGCUUCUCACUCAGUUAGGAGGCAUCUUGGACAUGGUCUGCUUUCAGCCUUGAAGUACACAUUUAAAAUUGACCAGCGAAAUUCACCUCUAAGGCCAACUCGAGGAUACGCUUUCCUUUCCACGACACACAUCGGUGGUCUUGUUCCAGACAAUCGAAGCUUGCGUUUUAUUCGUCAGGAAUUUGAUCUUCGUUAUGCUGUUCCUUUGGGAUUUUACCAUGCUGCUUUGAACUUUGGAAUCUCAGGUGGUUUUAUUUUCCCAUGGGGGAGAGGGUUCUUGAAUACACCUUCAUAUUUACCGGAGAGGUUCUUCUUGGGUGGUAAUGCUUCUCCAGUUUGCACCUUGGGGGGCCCAACAUCAAUUUUAGGUUUCAAAGCAAGGGGACUAGGCCCUGCUGAGCCUAGAAGGCAAGAAAGAAGAAACUCUAAUAAUGAAAGCUCUUAUGCGUUUACUGGAGUGGAUUUUAUUGGAGGAGACCUUGCUGUCACGGCUUUUGCAGACUUGUCCCUUGAUCUUCCCUUGAGGGUGCUUAGAGAAGCUGGUAUCCAUGGCCAUGCUUUUGCCUGCACUGGAAGCCUGACUAAAUUAACGGAAAAUGCAUAUCGAGAAUUGUCAGUACAGAAAUUGCGAGAAUCCUUUCGAUGCUCAGCAGGAUUUGGCAUCAUUGUACCCACCAAGCUAUUCCGUAUGGAGGUUAACUACUGUUACAUACUGAAACAACACGAACAUGACCAAGGGAAGACUGGUGUGCAGUUUAGCUUCUCUUCACUAUAAUUCCUGUUUGGUAAUUUUGUCCCUUUCGUGAUAUCCAAUGACAUUGAAUUGAACUCAAGGAUUUAUGUGCAAAAGGUAAAUGACAGAAAUUUUCCCAUUAUAACCAACCAGCCAAUUUAGGCUAUUUCAAGAUUUGUAAUUUUAAAUUUAGGCAAUUUUGUGAUUCACCUUUACAAAUAAAUAAGAUUUCCAAGUUAUUAGCAAAGGUGGGUUUUGACCUUUAAUUCAAAUUGUUAGAUAAUUUAAUUUUUAAUUUUAAAUUUAUCUGCGGUGCCCACUGUA